AUGUUCAAUAUUCAUUCUGCACGACAGCGUCUCAGACGAAAUAUCAUGUUGGUUUUUGGCAUGGACAGGUACUCUCUCGUGGCACAUAUUCACAUUCGGUUGAUCCAGGCACUGCAAUCCCGUACUUCGUUUCCAUCUCUUCACAACAGCAUGCGGACUGACUCUUCAUCCUCGAAUAUGACCGGCAAUACCGGGAUGGGAGUUUCGCGCGAGAUGAGUCCGAGUCAAGAGAUGAAGCUUUCCACGGGGAAGGGCACAGGCGAAAGAAUACAGAAAGGGAUCAAGACGGGAGCGGGAAAGAGACAGCAAGGACUGAGGGACCCCCUUUCUCGUGGUAUUGCAGGCAAAUCUGAACAAACCAGCCAGCCGCCUGGUAUCCGCUUGGGAACCAACCCAGGGUCAAACGACGGGGCCAACUGA